AUGAAUGAUUAUCAUACCAGGUUAUCAAGUUUUAAGCGAAAAGGUAGUAAAUUAGAGGAAAGGUUUGAAGUCCUAAAGGAUGAAAAUAAUGAGUGUUUUGAAGAUAUUAUAAAUAAUAUCAGUGAGAACGAUAAAGAUCAAUGUAUAGUAAACAUAGGAAAACUAGGAGAUAUCAUAAAAACUACUUAUGAAAUAGUGGGAGAACAGACAGAACUCACGAAAAAAGCUAUAUCUGUUGUGGAAGAACUAACAGCAGUAAUGAUUCAUACCGGGACUCAGUUGGAUCAGUUAGAGAUUAAAGUUAUAGACAAGUUAGGAGAAAAAGAAUGGCGUCUUGCAGAGUCUGCUCUUUUUUAUCUCGAGUCUGGAAUGGAAUUAACAGAUGAAGAACUUAAUUGUAUUGAAAAUUUAAAGGAUUUUUUACGUGAUGUUAAAAUGACAAUCGACGAUAUCAAGCUAUUACGAGAGAUGAGAGACAAUAGCAAUACUUUAUUUCAUAGUAACAGACAAAGUUUAAUGGAAGCACAAACGCGACUUAAUAAUCCGCUUCCUGAUGAUCUAAAAAUAUACAAAAUUCCAUUGCAAAAGGCUCUUGAAGCCAUUAAUAAUUAG